AUAAUGCUGGAGAUGCUUAAUCGAAUGCAUUAUAGUACGGAUGAAAUUGUAAUCGAUGCCAAAACUGAAGUAUUUGCAAUCAGAAAUCACAUUACGCGUGAUCAAGAUAGGGAUGCAAUGGUGAAGACCGAAGGCAAAAUUCCCAUCACCGAUUUUCACAGCUACACAAUCAAUCAGCCGUCUGAGAUUGUUGUGAGCAUGAAAGAGCUAAAAGGAAUGCUGAGUUUUGCGGAUUAUUUUCAAUUAUCGGUUAGCAUAUAUUUCGAUCAGCCAGGAAACAUAAAUGGCAAAAAAAUGCUGGAUGAAAGUGCUGUUUUUAGCCCACUGGUGAUAGCUCUGGAGGAGAAUAUCAAUUUCACUGGCGAAGUGGUUCUUGCAACUGGUUUUGGCGACAUAACACCUUACGAUGUGGAUUCCGAAAUUCCGAUUCAAAUUGUUCAUACAUCGGCGCGUCAGCUGCAGCAAGCGAAACAACGAAACUGCAGCCAGACAUUAUCAGAGCUAAAUCCUUCCGGAUUAGUAACAAUCGACGACUGCUCGUUGCCAGCAAAGAAUAAAAAAAUUUUGCAAAACUCAAAUGUACUAGGAACGGAUGAACUAAUGGAAGAUGAGAGGCUUUUGCUUGCUGAAGAUGAUAUGCGAAAAAUUUUAAAAAUUAAUGGUGAUAAUGAAGAUGGAGCAGGUCCGGAGAAACAGCCAUCUCAUGGCCCAGCCCUCUUUCGGUACUUGUUCGCAUUUGACGAGUCGACAUUCGAUGAGGAAGAUUUCCUCCUGGAUGCAGCAGCGUUGGCCCCAGAUUCUGAUCCUGACAGUUACCCCAGCGAUUGA